UCAGAUGGUAUGAGCUGCCGGAGGGUCCUCAACAUUAUGGUGUUCUUCGGAUUUAUGGUUAACUACAUGUUGAGAGUGAACAUGACAAUUGCCAUUGUUGAGAUGGUGCAUCCGAUCAAUAACACCAAAAACGUGUCUGAAUCAUUGAAUAUUUCGGCCGUCGGCGUAACUGAGUGUGGAUUCCCAAUUGAGAACAAAAACAAAUACCAAAACAUUAGUACCAUGUCUGAAAUUAAGACAGACGACCGUGUGCGUUUCGAUUGGGACGAGUCGCAACAGAACCUGAUCCUGGGCAGCUUCUUCUGGGGCUACGUGUGUACCGAGCUGCCGGGAGGGCGACUCGCCGAGGUGGUCGGUGCUCGCCGAGUGUUUGGCUACUCUAUGCUCGUGUCGUCGUUGGUCACUCUCCUCACGCCCAUAGCUGCCACAACCGGCUACCCGAUUGUCGUUGCGCUCAGAGUGGUGCUAGGGUUCAUGUUGGGUGCCACAUGGCCAGCAAUGCACCCUAUGGCAGCCCAAUGGAUACCACCCAUGGAAAGGAGUCAGUUCGUUGCAAAUAUGAUGGCGUCUUCGCUUGGAGCAGCGAUCACCCUGCCGGUGUGUGGCUACGUGCUGGCCUGGCUCGGCUGGGAGAGCGUGUUCUACAUGACGGGAGUGAUCGGUCUGCUCUGGUCCAUCUCCUGGUUCCUGCUGGUGUUCGACACACCCGCCCAACACCCGCGCAUCUCACCCGACGAGAGGACCUACAUCGAGGAGUCUAUCGGAACCGGGACUACUACUAGUCACAAGGCAUUGAAAGUGCCGUGGAAGCGCAUCUUGACAUCACCUCCCGUCUGGGCCAUCAUCAUCACACACGGCUGCAGCGUGUUCGGUUAUUUCACAAUAGUCAACCAACUACCAACAUUCAUGAAGUACAUUCUAGCGUUCAACAUAAAGGAGAAUGGUCUUCUAUCCAGUUUGCCUUAUCUUGGUAAAUAUCUGAUGGCCGUUUCAACAAGUUACAUUGCUGAUUGGCUCAGAUCUUCCGGAAAAUUAUCGACAACAGCAACGAGAAAACUGUUUACAACAUGUGCUGUGAUGUUGCCUGGAGUACUGAUGAUUGUUCAAGUAUUCUUCGUGUGCAGUAGAGUUGGUUCGGUUGCAAUUCUGACUAUAGCAUUGACAAUAAACGGGGCUGUAACAGCAGGCUAUCUUGGAAAUGGACUUGACAUUGCACCUAAUUUCUCAGGUACAAUAUUCGGAAUGGAGACACAAUUAUUGAAUUAUACUAAUAACCUAACUACUUUAUUCUCAUUCCAUAUUUUCUGAUUGCAGCAAACCUUUUCUCAAUGGCAAAUAGUGUUCUACAUCCUGGCAGGCACCUAUACGUUUGGUGGUCUAGUGUUCCUGAUUUUUGGAAGUGGUAAGAUGCAGUCAUGGAACUCACCAGCCGGGCCCAAUCGCGAAAUUAACGACCACAACAAAGACAUCGUAAAGAAUAAGGAAGUUAUCCCACUUCAAAAAAAGUAGUUAGUAGAUAAUGUGAUAGUCAGCAAUUGACAGCUGGGAUGACUCUAAUAACUUUACUCAUUGCUAUGCAAUGGAUACACGAAGAUACAUAAGACAGAUACAGUAUAUAAAAACAUUUAUGUAUUGUGAGAGUACCUAAAACUUAUAUUAGCUUUAUUGGCAUCCGUGAAGGACAAGCAUCUCUUUGGAGGCAUUUGUAUUUUAAUACAAUAAUUCUAGUGAGUAGAGGGUGAAAGCUUACCCAGUUAUUUUAUUGACAUUAAUAUAUUAUAUUAGUAGAAUAUAAUAUUAUUCUAGAGGAAAUAUAAUAGACCAUAGAAUCAAUAUCUCUUCUAUGAUAAUACCUACAUUGAUAUUGCUUUCGAUAUAAAUUCUAAGAUUCCAUCACAAUUAUAUAACUCAUCAAACAGUAUAAAAGCAAAAUUGCUGAAAGGUAUACCAGAAAAAUUAUAAAUCAAUAUACAUUUUAAUAUUACCGGUAGUAUCAUAAUGUUUGAUCGAUUCUCUAAUCUUAAGAUCCCAUAAAUUUAGAACAGAAAUACACAAUGAUUUUUUAAAGAAAAAUGAUGAGAAGCUAUUGUAUCAUCAAUGAUAUUAUCUAUCAAAUUGUUACUAUAAGAGGACAUUGCCGGAAGAAGGGCGUAUAACCAAAAAGAGAGUUUUGAGAUAAUUGCAUUUGAAGUUUUACUUGUUGAAUAUUUUUGUCAAUUCGAAUAUUCAAUGCUCGCUGUAUUUUUCAUAUUGUAAAUUGGUUUUCUGACAAUAAGAAAUAUCAACAUUUGAUAAAAAUGUUGUUUUCAAUUCUUUGAAAAAUAAAAAAUAAGAGAUACUAUGUGUUAUACGCCCUUCUUCUGGCAAUCAUAUGAGAAUAUGAAUUUUUUGGAAAUAAUUGAUUCAUAUAGAAUAAAAUGCAGGUUUAUUCUAUUAAAUACAUCGGUGGAAAUCACAUAGUUCAAAUAGUCAGAUAGAAUAAAUAUUAUCUCUCUCCAAAUAAAUCAAAUAGAUAGAUUAACAAGGGUGGAGUAUCUUCAAUCCAUGCUUGGUCAGUUUCAGGCAAGUACUUGAAUAAACUUUUCACAUCAUCUAUUUUAGCUUGUGGAACAUUAGGGUACUGAACCAGGGUACUAACAGCUUAGUACCAGUACCGGUAACCAUAACCUCAACCGAAAAGCAAGAUUUUGCUUGUCACAUGUUUUACUACCAACUGAACAUGUGUUUGGAAAAAUAUCUCUAACUUCAUCAAAUAAAAUUCCCUGAUCGUGAUGAGAUUUGGAGGGGAUACUAACAAGAACAUGGCGGAUUGAAUAAGCCGAUUGCCGGAAAAGGGCCUAUGAGCGUAUACGCCCCUCUUCCGGCAAUGUCCUAGUAAUAUUUUUAUGAACUAUUAUAUUUUAAUUGAAAUGACCAAAACUUCAAUUGUCACAAAUAGAUUCAAUACUGUAAUAAUAUUCUAAAUCUAUAUUUGAAUUCCAAUCUUUUCUUAUAUUCAAAAGUUUUUAUAAGUACCGGUACCGUACAUUUAUUACGAUACCUCAUUGUAUUUAUUCCACUUCAUUUCUAUGUUCUUGAGUAAUAAAUAUUUUUUUUUAAA